AUGGCUUCUAUUUUCAACAUUCUCUCCAUCACUCUCUUCUUUGCUCUAGUUUUCCAAGUUUAUGGACAUCCUUGUUCUUUGAGUGACAUUCAAGUUUCACAAUCCAAAACAUCAGCCACGAGGUACAACGUUAGUGUCACCAACCAUUGUAUUUGCAGUCAAUCAAAAAUUAGGUUCAAUUGCCAUGGAUUUAAAUCAAGUCAACCUGUUGAUCCAAAAAUCUUUAGUAAAAGUUGUCUUCUCAUCCAAGGAGCACCACUUUAUUUGGCUUCAGUUGUCACUUUCACCUAUGAUUCGGAUUCUAGGUUUUUAUUUGUUCCAAUAUCUUCUCAAAUUUCAUGUCAUUAG